UUGAGUAAGGUUACUUAAUGAUAAAUAAAAAAAGGAAUCGAUGGAGUUUUAAGCUGUUAAUUAUUACUUAUAACAAGGAACUACUGUGGUUUUAGAAGCUAAUUUACGUAACACUGUGAACAUUUUUUACUUAAUUUUAAUUAAUUCUUGGACUGUUCGAUAAAUAAUACAUAAUAUAGUACUAUAUAUUCAAUAACACAACUAUGUCUUAUAAUCUACACUAUAAAAUGGUUUGAAAGAGAUUUUUUGUUUAUCCUUAUGAUUGAUUAUAUUUGAAAAAUGAUGCCACUCAACGAUUUCAAGAAUCCUGAACUUGUCCCGAUCUCCAACGUCAUUGGUUUGGCAUCUCAACGGCCCCUUAGUACAUUUCCUGAAAUGUGGUACCAAACAUUUUUAUGGGCAUUAUUCUCAUCUGCUAUUGUCCAUACUGUAGCUGCAAUAAUUGCUUUUGCUACACUCCAUAAACAUAAUUUUGGAAAGUUUUUUCCUUUGUUUAUUUUAUUGGUUGGAAUAUUUGCUCCACUUAGUUCGGGCAUAGUUAGUAGUGCUACCAUAGCGUUUGUCUAUCGAGCAUCUAGUAUUCAAAUGCAACCAUUGUAUGCAAUGUUUUGGGGAGUUGGACAGACAUUACUCUCAGCAGCUGUAGGUUUUACAAGAAUAUUAGCUACGUUAUAGAACAUUUGAAAUAUAAUUUGUACAUAAUGUACAUAUCUUGUAUAUAAUAAAUAUAUUUUUGUUUAUUUGUGUGGUACUUAUUUAUUCAAGUACCUAAGCAUUGUGAUAUAAGAAAAUUGUAUAUACUUAUUUUUUAAUAAAUAAAAUUGAAUGUGUA